UAGCGAGAGUCAGAGAGCGAGAGAGUGGUUUAGAGAGAGAGGAAAAUGGGGAGGUAACUUUUGUUGAAAGUUCACCCUGUUCCUCACUCACGUAAAAUCUUGAUGUCAUAGAUGCUCAGACAAAUAGAAAUCAGGUGGACUGGAAGUGACUAAAAUCUGACUAAUGCAUACCGGUUACUAUUAAAAUCCAGGGAAACACCACACUAUCAAUUCAGAGGGGGGAGGGACUGGAUCGCAUACCAGCUUUGUUCUCUACUCUCCAAAGCAAAACAUUAUUUCAGCAAAGCUAAUCAUCUAUUUCAGCCUGACGGUGACAAUGGAUCUGCAAGUCCACAUUUUUCUCAUUUCUGCAAUCACUGCCCUCAUUGGGGCCUGCCCGGAUGAAUGUAUUUGCCGGGAUAGAAAAGUCUUAUGUCAAGGUCGGAUAAUUACACAGUUUCCAUCAAACGUCCCUGUGGAAACAAGUUCCUUGUUCAUCUCAAACACAAAUAUCUCCUUACUGAAACCUGCAGACUUUGAGAACUUUGCAGAGCACCUCACAAAUUUAGCUGUGAAGGACACAGAUAUCAAAGAAGUCUUGCCCAAAACUUUUCACCACACCAUCAAUUUGGAGAACCUGGUAUUUCUAAGAACACAGCUUGUGUCCCUUCCUGAAGACCUUUUUCAAACCUUACAUUUACUGCAAUCAUUUGCUUGUAAUGAGAACAACAUACAGUCGUUACCUCCCUCACUGUUCUCACCACUUAAAGUCAAUACUAGUCUAAUCAAUCUAGAUCUCAGCAAAAAUCAGUUAACUUCAGUGCCAGACAAUGUCUUCAGUGGACUUCAUAAUCUCAAUCACCUGCGGUUGAACAAAAACCACCUUAAGGAACUCCCAGCUGGUGCAUUUGAUGACCUUGAAAACCUUCAAGUCUUAGCACUUCAGGAUAACCAAAUUGCUCAAUUACCAGCAAACUUGUUCUCUAAUCUUCAGAAACUUCAAAGCCUAUUUCUUUCCAAUAACAAGAUUUCUGUGCUUCCUGAGGGUAUCUUUACAAGCCUACCAAGUCUUAAAAGACUUUCCCUAUAUGACAACGAAUUGCAAAAGUUGUCUUAUGGGACUUUUGGACCUAUGCUCAUUGAGCAGCUUUGGCUCUAUGAUAACAAAUUAAGCACUUUGGAAGACGAUGUAUUCAGCAAUCUCACCAGCGUUAAACUUCUGGUGCUCAGCCGAAACCAGAUUGAGUCCAUCUCUGCUAAUGCUUUUAGUGGUCUAACGGAAAUACAGGAAGUGUCUCUGCACACCAACCGUAUCAUUAAUAUUAAGAAGAGUACGUUUGCCAAUCUUCCCAAGCUGGUCAACAUUUCUUUGGAGCACAACAAAAUUGAGUCAAUCUCUGCGGAUGUUCUACAAGGUGUGUCACAUAUACACCAAUUGGAUUUGCGAAAUAACUCUCUCCAAAAUCUAGAUCAGGACUUUUUGGAGUCUCUCCACAUCGUGGAUGAAGUGCUUCUGACUUUGAACCCCUGGAAAUGUGACAAGGACAUUAUUCCUCUCAGGGACUGGUUGAAACAGUUUCCCCUAAAAGUGCCUAGCUCAGAAGGUAUAUUGUGCCUGGGACCAACAUCACUCUCGGGUUUUGUCAUCCGGGACAUACCAGAUAAGAAUCUUAUCCAGCCAACGACCCAAGCUCCGACCGAGGUGGACCCUGUGACCCCAACAGAAAAGAGGAGAAGACCACACACAACCCCAUCACGAAGAAGCACACCCCUACCCACCAUCAAUGCCACUACAAAAUCAGACCAGGGUGAGGACACCAGUAGUGGACAGGGCAAUGGUACAAGCCAGUUACAGGGCAAUCAUUUGAUCAUCAUUACAGUGGUCUGCAUGGCCAUCAUAGUCAGUACCAUUUUAGGCGUGGCCUGCUGGAGGAGGUACAAGAGAGAUAGCAGAGACUUGCACCAGCAGCCAAAAUCAAACUCAGUCAUCUAGCCCAUUUUACAGAAGCUUGAAAUGAGAGGUAUUUGACAUCUUCUCUUUGUGUGGGUACCACUGCAUUAAACAUUAGACUAACACUGUGCAUUUCCGUAGGACUGAAAGUCAGUUCUUACACGUACUGCAAUAAAGACUCUUUUGGACAAAGACUUUGGUUAGAUUUCCAUUUAGUCAAAAUAUCCUAAAACGCUGCUUUAAAGCUCUAUCAUAGAUUCACUUUGGCCUUUGUGAUUUAAAUGAUUUGAAAUUCUUUAUAUAUAUUUUGAAAGUGUGUAUUUUUUUUAGUAAAUUGAAUGUUGAAUUUUAAUAUCUGCUUAAAUUUGAUUCAAACAAAUGCAUUGGUUUGAAUGUGCAAAAUGCUAUGGAAAUUAAGAUAUGUCAUACUGUAAUAAAGUAACACCUGGCAUCAAUGUGUCAAAAGUGUAUUACUAGGCAUGUGUAUGAUAUAAUGUUUCUACCAUAUCAUGUUCACUACUUCAGUCCUUUGCGUGACCAAUAAAUCCUUUCACUCUGA